CUCCUUUGUUAUUAUUUUACCGUAAAAACUUUUAUCGAAAUGGUUUAUUUAAGUCGUCUCGUAUCUGACAAUGAAACGGAAGAACGCGGUGGUCAGUCAUUCUCAACUUCGGUUUAUGGUUCCCGUUGGGAUGUUGAACCAAUUCCAAAAUAUUCACUACCUGACAAGGAAAUGCCCCCACAUAUCGCUUAUAAACUCAUUAAAGAUGAUCUUCAGUUGGACGGUAACCCGGUGUUAAACUUAGCAACUUUCGUUACCACUUAUAUGGAAGAUGAGGCUGAAAAGUUAAUGACAGAAAAUCUGUCAAAAAAUUUUAUCGAUUAUGAAGAAUAUCCUGUGACUGUUGAAUUACAGGUACAUGCAAUAGGUGUUUCAACUAUAGGUUCUUCAGAAGCUAUUAUGCUUGCUGUAUUGGCGAUGAAAAAGCUAUGGAAAAAAAGGAGGAUUGCCGAAGGAAAGCCCGCCGAUAAACCGAACUUAGUAAUGGCAGCAUCGGCCACUAGAUAUUUUGAAGUCGAAGAAAAAUUUGUUUAUCUGACAGAAGAUUCAUAUGUUUUAAAUCCUGAAAAGGCCGUUGAACUCGUAGACGAAAAUACAAUUGGUAUUUGCGUUAUAUUAGGAUCGACAUACACUGGGCAUUAUGAAGAUGUGAAAGCAGUUAACGAUUUUUUGCUGCUUAAAAAUAAAAAAACUGGUUGGGAUGUGCCGAUUCAUGUUGAUGCUGCGUCUGGUGGAUUUGUCGCACCUUUCGUGAACCCUGAUCUUGCUUGGGAUUUCAGACUUGAAUUGGUUCGAUCCAUAAACGUUUCGGGCCAUAAAUAUGGAUUAUGUUACCCCGGUAUUGGAUGGGCUCUUUGGAAAUCAAAAAAGUACUUACCUGAAGAAUUGAUUUUUACUAUUAAUUAUCUUGGAUCUGAUCAG